CCCCCACCCCCACCCCGCGAAGAAUCUCAAUGAUUCCAUCCCCACCAAAAGGUAGACAAAUAAAAAAAUCUCCCUCCCAGCGUUCAACAACACCUUGCAAAUUUCACCGGUUGUUUAUUUUCAGUAAACCUCUCUUCAGCCCCUGAACCCAGCUUUUCUUUUCAAUUUCACCCCCUUUUCUGCCUUCCUCCGUACUCCUCUUCUUUCGUAAUUAGGGUUUCGGGAUUUUAAACGAGAAUGAAGCACGCAGCGACGAAGAAGAAGAAGAAGAAGCGGCCACGUGCGACGAAACUGCCGGCGGUCAACGAUUCGUCACGUGAGACGCAACGUCAGCAGGAUCAGCAGCUAAAAGUGGAAGACAAGGAAGAACAAGAAAAGCUUCUCUGCUCGUUAAUGGAAGCCUUUGGUUCGAUCUCUCUAGAAGAAGCCACUACAGCUUAUAACCAAGCAAACGGGGAUUUGGAUAAAGCGGCGGUGAUUCCGUCCAAUUUGAUCGAUGAAGAUAACAACAGUGAAGAUCCGGAACAGUCCACGAGCUCGAUCUGGAGCGGAUCAUCGUCGUCGGGUUCAUCCGGGUCAGGUUUUGCUGAAACGGGUUGCAUACAAAAUAUGAAUGGUGGUAGGGGACGCUGCAGAGUGGGAAAGCAGCAGAAACGAGUGGUGGCAGCAACGGGGAUGGUUUCGACGGUUCUCGGGAAAGAAUACGUUAGGGCAAGCCCGCGGCGAGACUCGGCGCCAACGGCGGCGGGGAGAUCGGUGUUGGUGAAGGAAGAGGCGGAGCAAUUCUUAUGCUCAAUGCUUGGGGACGAGUGUGAACUUAGCAUGGCUGUUGUUAGAGAUGUUUUAUGUCAGUGUGGAUACAAUGUGGAAAAGGCUUUGGAUGCAUUACUUGAUUUGUCUGCUUCCUCCUAUGAACAAUCCAAGAAUUGUAAGGACAAUGUGAACAAUAGACAAGAUACAGGAUUCCUCACUGACUGUGCGGACAGUGUAACAGAUAGGGCAUCUGAUUGCAUGUCUAAUUCAUCAGAAAGUGAACUUCAGGAUAGUAUAUGGUCAGUGGGCUAUGGUUGCAGGAAUUACUCAAAGGUUCUUGCUGGUUCUGAAGCUCUACCAACUUGCCCAAGGAGUAAUGUGUCAGAUCUCCCUCAUGAGGUGUUGGCUUCUUUAUUUAACAUCCCCAAAAGUUCCGAACAGGAACCAAGCACUAUGAAUUGGAGGAAUGUAGUAAAGAAGAUGCAGUCAUUGGGACCAGGGAUUGAUGUUAGUCCAUCUAGUGUUGCAGAGCCUCAGCAGGAAAUCUAUGCUAAGGGAGAUGAAUAUAACAAAUUUAGAAAGACUGCCGAAGAGCACUGGGAUUCAAUGAGAUCCUACUAUCAGAAGGCUGCUACAGCAUAUUCAAAGGGGGAAUGGGAGUAUGCAGCUUACCUUUCUGAUCAGGGGAAGAAACAGACUAAAUUGGCCAGGGAAGCAGAUGAAAGGGCAAGCCAGGAUAUAUUUAAAGCUAGGAACAAAGGAUUUGAAAAUGUGAUAACAAUUGAUUUGCAUGGGCAACAUGUCAAUCAAGCAAUGAGACUUUUGAAACUGCACCUUCUAUUUGGAACCCAUGUGCCCUCGGUUCAAACUCUGAGGGUUAUCACUGGAUGUGGAACGCAUGGCAUGGGGAAGUCAAAACUGAAACAGUCGGUCAUUAAGCUUCUGGAAGAGGAAGGUAUUCAGUGGCGAGAAGAGAACCGCGGAACUGUGCUAGUUAAGCUUGAUGGAUACAGGGAGUUUAGCUUUUUAGAUUCUGUUAGUGACACCGAGUAAAGUAAUUAAUGUAAUAUCAACCACAGGUUUUCCUCAUCAUCCUCUGUUAGUGUAAGAAUGACUAGGAUGUAAUAUAACAGGUUAAUGUAGUGUUUUUAACAACAGGUAUCAGAUGUUCAUAUGUGUAUGUAGAAGUUCUGUAGGCCGGUGAAAGCUUCUUUAAGAUGAAGCUUCCCUGUUCCUAUAUGUUGAUUUUAGCUAAAUCAUGUACCCGACUCAGUUCUUAGUAAUGACAAAGACACAUGAAAGACUACAUUUCUAAGUUACAAACAAAGACUAUGUUGAUGAGGCA